AUGGCCGAGACAGAGCCUGCCGCGACGGGAACGACCUCGUCCAAGAAUGCGCCGGUCAUCAAGAUCUACAUGCCCACGUACAUUAUGGCGCCGACCGACGACGAAAAGUUUCGUCGGCGCAAGGUGUCUGGCAUCGUCGCCGAGUGUCUCCAGCGCGAGCUCGAUGCGAAAGAGUACGACGAAGAGGACGCCAAGCAGUGGUCGACAGCGAUUGCCGAUGCCGUCAAGAACCGCAUCCGAGCCGAGUGCGCCUUUCCGCGCUACAAGAUCAUUGUGCAAGCUUUUGUGGGGCAGCAAAAGCUCCAGGACGUCCGCAUUGCGUCGCGCUGUCUCUGGGACAACGACUACGACAACCACGCGUCCGCCGAGUUUCACAAUGAGACGAUCUGGGCCACGUGCAUUGUGUUUGGUCUCUACUCGGACUAG